AUGUUUCUAGUCUGUAACAUAUUUUUCCUUUGUUCUGCAACUUCAACUUUCACGCAAAGUCAGCAGAAUGAACAAACUGCGUAUAUUAAACAACAGGGAUUAACUAACCCGUGCAAACCUUGGAAAGGUCGCUUAACUCUCGUAGUGUAUUAUCCCGGACAAAUCGAAACGGGUGCCCCAAUUGUCUAUUCCACUGUGAUUGAAUCCCGGAGACAAUAUACUUGCUUAUCUGAGUGUAAGUUGUAUCUUUGUUCGAUAGCACGGUUCUUAUCAGUAUUCGGGUGUAAUCGUCACGGGUUAAUUGAGUAGUUGAAGCAUAUAAUACGUAUUCUCAAACGAUUGUUUGCCCAGUAUUCCUCGAGAACGAAAGCUAAUUAGGAAUCAUUCAGCUGAAACCAAUUGACAAUAUGAGUUCCAACGCUAGAACGAAACUGACUGGAAGGAUGGACUCCAGUGAAUCGUGCAACGAAAUCAAUCAAAAUGAAGAACGAACAACUGAUCGGAAAAUUUCAACACAAGUUGAUGUUAGCCUGGGGCAGAUUAUACAGACAAUUGGCGCACUCGAUUUGAAUAGCUAUGCCACCAGGAAAUCUUUCGCACAAGGGAUGCUGGAUUUGGCUUUGCUUACAGCAAAUGCGUCCCAAUUGAAAUUCCUCUUGACUGUUGGCACAGCUCACGAAUUUUACCAUUUGCUGUUAACGCUGGUGAUUAUUUCCAUUUCGUUGCAGGUUUUCCAAGCAGUGUUGAUAAUCGUUCUGGCCAUGGUGCUGGAUCUGAACAAGGUUGAACAACAAAGAAAGUCGAAUAUUUUGAACAAUGUGUUGAUAAUCAUUACAGUGAUUAGUGUAGUUAUAAAUGUAAUUAUUAGUGCAUUCGAUAUGAAAACACAGGAAAGUUUGCUACGAAUAUACUCUGAAAACAAAUCGCAUUGAUCUCAACACAACGGUUUGUCUAUCUGCUUUGUUGUUCAUUCAACUAUCAUUGUGACUUAACAAUUUUGAAUAUAAACUAAUAG